AGAGUCUCGAUUAACCGAGUCUCGGUCAACCGAGGUUCCGUGUUAACCGAGCCUUGGAUCGGCCAAGGUCAAUCUAGGUCUAUUUUUGGCCCACCUGUACACUUGCGCUCCUGGCUGUACAUGCGACCUUGACUGAGUCACGCACUCCCUCCCCACCCCCAAUCACCGUUGCACCAGUUGGCUGCCGCAUCAGUUAGUCGUCUGCUUGUCAUUGCAUCGUCAACAUGUGAAUAAGUGAGUUUAGUGCGAAUUGCGAUACGAUGAGCAUGAAACGGAAACGAGUUGUCCUUUCAUUAGAGGACAAAUUGUGUGCUCUCAAGCGUUUAGACAAAGGUGAAUCCUUGAAAAAAGUGGAUAGUGAUUUGGGUGUUGGUGAAGUGACCGUGGGCGAUUGGAGGCGCAAACGGGAGCAGCUGGAAAAAUGGGUGUCUCAGCGAACUCAAUCAACAAGUGACAAGCAAGUUGCGACCAAGAGGAAGACUAUGAAAGAUAGUGAGUACGAACAAACUUCAGAAGCGCUGUUCAUAUGGCUUCAGCAGAUGAGAGGUACGGGUAGCCCGUUAUCAGGACCAAUUUUACAAGCCAAAGCUUUGGAAUUUUACUGUCGCUUUCAAGAUGGAAAAGAAGACUUCACAGCAAGCAUCGGCUGGCUAGACUGGUGGAAGAAGCGAUACGGGCAGCUAGGCAGGAACAAUCAGCUCUGGGAUACAAGAAAAGCAAGGAAAGGGUUACUGUUCUACUCUGUGCAAAUCAGUCAGGUGACAACAAACUAAGAUUGUUGCUUAUUGGGAAAGUAAAAAAGCCUAGGGCUUUUAAAAACUUGAACAUGGACAUUCUUCCAGUAAAAUACGAAAACCAGAAAAAUGCCUGGAUGGACUCUUCAAUUUUUAAAAGAUGGUUUUUCAAUGAGUUUGUCCCCAGUGUGAAAAAGUUUUCAGAUGAAAACAAUCCCCCCCAUCAAGCUCUCUUGCUAUUGGACAAUGCACCAACUCACCCAGACGAAAGUGUAUUGGUCAGUGGUGACAUAAGAGCCAUUUUCUUACCACCAAAUGUAAUGUCUCUAUUGCAGCCACUAGAUCAAGGAGUCAUUGAAAAUCUUAAAAGGCACUACAGACAAAAACUACUAAAACAGUUGCUGUUAAAUUUGGAUAAUGAAGUGACAGUUGUCCAAAGUUUGAAAAAAAUUAACCUCAAAGAUGUAAUUUUUUGGUUGGAUGAAUCGUGGAAGAACGUAAAACAAUCAACUUUACAGAAAAGCUGGAAAAACAUUUCCCUCAACAAUGGCUCUGAACCCUCUGAAGAUGACGAAGAUGAGUUGCUAUUAAUUCACCUUUUGAAUCGAAUGCCAGUUGCCGAACCCUUGACAGAUGAUGACGUCAACCAGUGGUUGAAUGACGAUGAAGACUAUGAGCUGUCUGAUGAGGCCAUUGUUUAUUUGGUAGAAAACCCCGAGAACAACAAUGAUGAUGACAAUGAAUCAGCUGGCCAAGAUUCAGACGACAAAAUCAGCCACACAGAGGGUCUGAGUGCGAUCGAGAAGGCUCUGCUGUACGUCGAACAACAAGACUACACUACUCCAGCAGACAUCGCAAUGUUGCGGCGACUGCGCAGUUUGGCAGCUAAGAAGCGAAGCAGUUCGAUUACACAAAGAACUGUCAAAGAUUUUUUCAAACCUUUGUAACUUUUUAAUACUUUAAAGUAUGUACUACUAUUAUCUGGUUGUGUGGUUUUGAAUAUAGUUCAUGUUGGUGUACAUCACAUGGUACAUAUUUUUAUUUGAUUUCCUUAACCCCUUAUUUAGAUUAGGCCCUCCGUGUUAACCGAGUAUUUGACUAUCCGAGGUUGUAGCAGUCCCGAUUAACUCGGUUAAUCGGGACUCUAGUGUACUUUUAAAUGACAAUAUGUUGAUAUAAUUAGAAAUGUUUUGAUUAUUCUUGAAUAAUAAACACAAAUAACAUAGUCGAGAACUUAAUAUG